ACUCCCGCCGCUUUUUGCCCGUGGUCAGACGUUUGCCGCCGCUGUGCCUCUAGCAAGAGCCGUCCUGCCCGGCAGUGUAUCACCACUUUUCACUAGUAGUAGGCGGUAGUCGUAUAGUGCACAGUUGUCACAAUCGUCGUCGUCGUGUGUCGCGCGUAUAUGUUUAUCCGAUCGCGCGUGUGUCACAGACUUCGCGAUCCGACGCGGGUUUUACUUUCGCGAGUUGUUAAUUAUUUUUUUUUUUUUUUUGCUUCUAACCCGAACACGCCGUCAAAAAUCGUAAUACAUUGAUUAUAAUUUUUAUUAAUCGUUUUUAUCGAGUCGAGUGAGACAAUCAUUUUCCACUUCGCCGUCCCUGCGGACGACGUCCACAUCAGUGUACUCUUAACGUUUUCUCUCGGUUUCCGAUUUCCUGUGCGCCACGAAAUCACGAAACGCGUAUAGUGUGCCGAGCGAAACGCACGACUUCGGGCAAAUACGCGUUAAAAAGUCAUAAAACGUUCCGGCGGUAUAUUAAUUAUUAACGUCAUUCCGCCGCCGGCCGCCGCUGCCGCCGCCGCAUGUGGAGGUUACACAUGCGGCGGAAUCGGCGGCCGCCGCAGAGGAGCCCACCGGCGGGACGGCGAUCUCUUCGUUGCCGUUGACGUGCUCGCCGAUUAUCCCGCGCUGCACCGCCGUCGGGCACCACUGGCGCCAGUCGCAGACGCCGCCGCUACCGCCGAGAUGACCAUCACCACUGACACCACGAUAACCGCUGCCAGCAGCAGCAAAUGGGUAUGGCGGCCAAGAUGGACCGAGUGGACGACGACUUCGUGGUGUCGUCCGACGUUCUGCCAUCGGGAGGUCCGCGACGACCGCGAGCCCGUCGACCAACUACCCGCCGGCCGACCGAGGCCGGUUCGCCGACGUGCAAAGCAACAGUCGUCGUUCGCGCCGUCCAAGUUUGCGCUUGCGAUUGUCACUAUGCUGAUGAUGUUGACCACCGUGGUCGAGGACGUCCGGGCAUUGGGAUUCUUCGAGCUGCAAAUAUUGGAGAUCGAAAAUUACCGUGGCCAAUUAGCCACGGGCGAGUGUUGUGGCAGCGAUUCCUCGUCGUCCGUCCAACAGCAGUCGUCUUCAGCACAGCGCAACACGCUGCAAUGUACCGGCGCACCGCAAUGCAACACACUAUUUCAGGUGUGCUUGCGCGAAUACCAGAGCCGACAACAGCAACAGCCGUCGGGUGGGUCGUCCUCGUCCUCGUUAGCCGGCAGCAGAGUGGUGAUCGGUGACGACGAUUCUUCGGUCAUGGGUUCCAAUCACCACCAAACCCCCAACUCUCACCUGCACCACUGCUCAUUUGGCAACGUCACCAGUCCCGUCCUCGGCGGAAAUUCGUUUACGUUGGGCAGUGACGCCGCAGCGGCAUCAUCGGAUACCAAUUCGCCCGCGGACUUCAACAACCGAGGUGCAGCCGGUGGCAACCUGGCAUUACAGUUUACGUUCAGCUGGACGAGAUCGUUUACGUUGGUAUUGCAAGCGAUGGACUACAACAAUUACACGGGCUUGACGUCCGUUAUCGAAGAGGCCACGUAUUCCGGUAUCCUGUUGCCCGGAAAUGAGUGGAAAGCUUUGUCGUACCUGGGCCAUACCGCUCGCAUGGCGUACCGAGUGCGCGUUAGGUGCGAUCGCAACUACUACGGACAGAAUUGCACAAAACUCUGCAAGCCCCGUGACGAUAGGUUCGGCCAUUAUACGUGCGGUGACACAGACGGUCGGAAAGAGUGCAUACCCGGUUGGCAGGGAGAUACGUGCGACAUAGCCGUGUGCAAGACCGGAUGCCAUCCCGCACACGGAAAGUGCGAGUCUCCCGGAGAUUGCGAGUGCCGGAAAGGUUGGCAGGGUGAGUUGUGCGAUCAGUGUAUGACAUAUCCUGGAUGCAAGCACGGAUAUUGUAACGGAACUUCUUGGCAGUGCAUAUGCGAUGUAAACUGGGGAGGCAUUUUAUGCGAUCAAGACUUGAACUACUGCGGCACCCACGAACCGUGUCUGAACGGAGGGACGUGCAAGAGCACAGCCCCGGACCGGUACACGUGCACGUGUCCCGAAGGGUUCGGGGGCGCCAACUGCGACGUGGUGCUGAACCCUUGCGCCACCGAGCCGUGUGCCAACGGCGGAAAAUGCCGUACCGUGGACGCGGUCACCGCGUCCGUCGGCGGUGCCGGUGGAGCCGGAUCGGGUCCUGUGGCCGGCGGUGCGCCGAUGUUCGGCUCCGCUGCUCAACCUGCGCCACUGUUAGUGCCCAAGCAGUUCCACUGCGAUUGUCGGCCCGGCUGGAUGGGCAGCACCUGCAAUACAGAAAUCGAUGAGUGUGCCACUCAACCACCCCGGUGUCUGAACGGAGGAUCGUGCAUUGACCUGGUGGCCGACUGGCGUUGCGCGUGUGCGGACGAUCGUUGGCGUGGUCGUCGAUGCGAAAUAGACGUGGACGAAUGUGAGCGACAGCAUAGAGAACGACAGACUGCGGUAAUUGAGCAGCAGUGUGGUCCGAAUGCCGUGCCGUGCAAAACGACUGGUGGCGGAAGUAACGUCGCUGCGACCACAGAAUGUGUAUGUCGAAGGGGUUGGACGACGGCAGCGGCGAUGACGGCUUCUAGAGAUGGCCACAAUGGUACUUUGGCAUGCACCGUGAACGUGGACGAUUGCGCCGGACCAGACGUGAAAUGUGCCAAUGGCGGAACUUGCUUGGACUUGAUCGGAGGGUACGCAUGUGCGUGUCCGGUCGGCUUUACUGGUCGAAACUGUAGAACUCAAAUCGAUCCGUGUGGCGGAGACAACGAAUCCGGUGUGGCUGGCAGUGGGAAUCCUUGCAAAAAUGGUGGCGAAUGCGUGCCAUUGCGACGUUGGCGUGGCGGAGGAGGGAGUGGAUUGACUGCCAAACAGCAGCAGCAGCAGCAAACUUAUUCCUGCAUAUGCCCGUUGGGAUAUUCAGGCGAAAACUGUGAGAUUGACAGGGACCAUUGUACACCGAACCCGUGUCGGAAUGGCGGUCAGUGUCUGAACACACCGGACGAUUAUUAUUGCCAGUGCAGUGGGGACGGUUGGUCCUGGCAUGGUAAGAACUGUACAGUUCCUGCCGAUGCCGCCGGAGCCGGGGCCACCAGGUCGACGGCUGCGGCCACGACGACCACGCUGAUGACCACAAGAACCACAACCACAACUACCACGACGGUCGCGCCGACUACGACUACGACAACCAGUACUAGACCCCCGUUGACGCCACCACUACAGCGUAGCACCGCAAUCACUCCGGUGGCCACUAUCCGUCGGCCGGGUGCGGGCGUACCAGGGACAAUGACGUGGCGACAGCAGCAUAAGCCAUACGGUGACGGAGACGACGAUAGCACUAAAGCGUCAACAGUGGCGAACGCGGAACAACAACAGAACGACGACGACGGCAGCGGCACCACAGCGAUGUGCGGAGGCGGCCGGCAUCGGCGCAAGCAUUGGAUCGCCGAUGACGGUUGCAACGAGUGCAAGUGCAACACAAAAUCGUCAGUGGUUGACAACGUCGAUGACAAGUCAGCUGUGAUGUCGUGCACCAACAUGUGGUGUGGACCCGCGACUUUCGACUGUCUGAGCGGCGUUAUGCCUUGCACCGGCACCAACCAGGUGUGCGUACCGAUCGUAGACGACAUGGACGAUGAAGAAUUACUCGAUGACGAACUGGACAAACGAGGAGACGCCGAAGGAACAACCGCUGCGGUGGACAAUCUUCUCCUGUGGCGUCAGUGUUUGCGGCCACCGUGUGGUGGCGUGGACGCCGAUCGCGACAGGGACGACGUUCGGUUGCGGUACGGUUACGACGACGACGGCAGCCAGGACGACCACAGCGCUUAUGUGGCUGUCGGCUCGUGGCCGAGGCGUCGUCGCCGGGGCCAGUGUGCGACUGCGGUGGUGGACGACGGCGACAUGGACGACGACGAUGACGACGAAGACGGUGCGCCCACGACGGUGUGGCCGUCGGCGGUUCAACAUUGUCUGCCCAACGGCGUGGCCGGUGACAAACGUCUGCCGCACCAGCAGCACCGCCGUCGGCGCGGUGACGCUUGCGGUCGAUUGCGCGUCACACUGGACCCGGCGCGUCUGCGGCGUGGCACUCGGGUGUCGGCUGUGUGCCACAGUCUCCGUCGACUGUUGGCCAGGGAAUGGGUGCGCAGCGGCGACGACGACGGCUUAAGCCAAGAGGACGACAUCGAAUACAGACGAAAUCGAGUGUACGUCAUGUGCGAGGCGGCAGAGGAUCAGCGAGACAACAACGACGAGGACCGAAGCGGCGGUGUUGGUGCCGGAAAUAGCGGCAACUCUCGCCGCCGACGACGACGGCGCCGCGUUACAAUUCGAGUGUCGGUGGCGGUCGUGUCGGACAAGCAGCGACGGAUCACAGCAACCGGGAUAGAGGACGACGACGUCGACGUUGCAACGGUCGUAGGACGGGCCGUCCAAACGCUUUACAAACGACUCAAUGGUGGAAAUGUUGGUGGAUCGACAGCGGCUUCAACGAAAAAAGUCCAAUCGGUCGGUCACCGUCUUCGUCCUGCGUUGAACAGCGGAGUCGAUGACUACGACGACGCUGCGGCGCUGGCGUUCUUGACGGCCGCCGUAGUCGACGUCACACUCGGCGGCGGCACGACGGCUGAAUCGCAUUCGACGCCGGUUCCGGCAAAUUCAUCUGGUGCUUCGAACGACGAUUACCGGCAUUACUACUACUACUAUUGGACGGUCGGCGUGGCCUGCGGAGCGUUGGCCACCGUGUUGGCGGUCGCGGCGUUCCUGUUGCUACGUUUCCGGAACAGCGCGAGGAGGAAAUCGAACGGCGGACAAGCGCCGUCGGAUUCGUCGUCAGCAGUGGUGGACCCUUCGGCGGCCGGUGGUGAUAGUCUGAUGUUGUCGCUGGUGCGGCGGCAAAACGAGGAAAACCUCAAGCGGUUGGUGACCGGCGGCAACCGGAUCGCCGUGACGGCCGCCGGCGGUGACUACGGCGCCGGUGGUGGCUGCGGACGCAACAACUUGUCGGCGGGUUCGUCGCUGAGUUGUUCGCGUGUCAGCAUCGUUCACCCAUUAUGCAACGUCACCACGGCCGACGACGGAUCUUCACUGGAUUUGCACGGCAAACAGCAUUUGAACGGUGGCGGCGACGCCGACGGCAUGAAUGUUGACGACGAAAAGAGCGGAGAGAAAACAAACGUAGCAUUGCCGCCAGUAGCUGCCGUCAGGUCUGUCGCUGUAGCCGCCCCUCGACAACAGCAACAACAACAACGGCCGUUGGCUGUAGCAGCACCGCAGCCGUUAUUGUUAUGUAAAAAGACAUUGAAUGUUGACAACGAACAACGAAGACAACUGCAAUUGAUGCAACAACAACGGCAACAACAACCACCGAUACACCAGCAACCGCCACAACAGCAACAACAGAUACACCAACAACAACAACAACAACAACAUCAAUUACCGGUACACCAACAACAACAUCUGCAGCAACAACAGCAAGUGGCGGCGCAACAGUACAACCGACGCAAUCGCGGAGACGUUCACAGUCAACACGUACUACCUAACCAACAGCAGUAUCACAACCAACAGCAGCAACAACAUUAUACGGCGUCAUUAUUGCACUCGACUACGACCAACAAUAACAACAACAACAACCACGGCUCGGAAGGUGGUAACGACGAAGCUGCUUCGCCGUCGUUGACCGUUUUAGUGUAGGAUACAUCGACUCUUAUUAAAAAACCAACUUUUGUAAAAGAAAAAUGUUAAAAAGAAAUGUUUUUUUAUGUUUACAAAUCAUCGAAAAUUACCUGUAGUCAUUAUGUAUAGUAUAUAUAUAUACAAAUAUAUAUUUAUUAUUAUAUGAUGUGUAAUACUCGUAUAUAAGUAUACUAAUUUUUUUUAUUUUUUUAUUUUUAUUAUUAUUAUUAUUAUUAUUAUUAUUAUUAUUAUUAUAAUCCUUAUUAUUAUCAUUAUUAUUAGUAUGUUUAAUUUCAUAUAUAUUUUUUUUUUUUUUUAAUAACUACCGGCGGUACGCUUGCCAUUUACUAUAUACGUAUACGUCGCGUCAUGUAUGUUAGCCUGCAAGCGUGUGUGUUUGGACCUCUCUCUCUCUCAAUCCUACUCAAGACGCGAGCCUAACUAUAUAUUGUACGUGGACUAUUAAACCACGUUUAUUAUAUUUUUUACUGAUUAUUAUUAUUAUUAUUAAUUAUUAUUAUUUUUUUUUAUUAUUAUUAUUAUUAUUAUUAUUAAUAUACAUUUUUUUUAAAAUUUGUAUUAUUAUCUAUACAGGGAUGAUAAUAACGAUUUUUUUCUCCGAACAUCAGUUCAUAUUUGUAUAUAGAUAUAUAUAUAUAUUGUACGCCUCGCUGUGCACGUGCGUCGCGUGUUUGUAUCAAUUAAACUGUAAGAUUUGCAACAAAUAUAUUCUAUUCGUUGGACGACAA